GUCCGGAAUUUCCGGGCGGCGUCGCCAUUUUGACUUCCCGACCUUGGCCUGGGGCUGAUAGCUCUCUACAUCCCGCACCGUGCCGACAUGUCUGCACUGAAGCCGCUGCUGCUAAGGGGCCUGACAGCCCCAGCUCGGCGGGUCCUCGUGCCGCGCGCCCAGAUCAACUCUAAGCCCCCGCGGGAGCAGCUCGGGACCAUGGAUUACAUCAUUGGGCUCACCUCCUGCUUCGUGUGCUUCCUCGGGCCAGCGGGCUGGGUCAUGGCACACAUGGAGAACUACAAGAAGCGGGAGUGAAGGGGGCAGCCCUCUCUCUCUGUCUGCGUCCUGACCACCCCCGGCCCAUCUGAUCAUGUCUCCUGCAUUCCUGGCCGGCCCUCCCUGGAUCAUGUCCUUCAGUUACAGUGACCUCUUCUGCAAUCAUGACCUCUCCAUGGUGACAUCCUGGGACCACGUAUAUUGGCUUAUAAGGCUCUGCUUGGUGGGGCCCCGACUUGUAACAAUAAAGUCUAUUUAAACCUUACUUUAGAAAUUCAUUUUGCUUUUUGCCUGGGCUCCUGCCUCCAGACUUGAGCUGAGGAUGGUGUUG